GCCGCCGGGACGAUGACUUUCCAGUGGACGGCUGUGGCUGCCUUCCUGUAUGGCGAAAUCGGAGUAAUUCUCGUGCUCUGCCUGCCGUUCAUUUCUCCGCUGAGAUGGCAGAAGAUUUUUAUGUUUUCUCUAUGGAGCAAAAUGGCAGUAUUUUGGAACAAGAUGUUCCUUACAAUAAUAGUUUUGUUGAUCGUCUUGUUUCUUGAUGCUGUUAGAGAAGUCAGGAAAUACUCAUCUGUUCAUGUGAAUGAAAAGGCUGCAAAUGUCAACAGCAGUGCCUUUGAUCAUAUUCAGAUGAAACUCUUUCGGUCGCAAAGAAACCUGUACCUCUCAGGUUUUUCCUUAUUUCUUUGGCUUGUAUUGAGACGUACUGUUACCCUUCUCACUCAGCUGGCAAAAGAGAUGGCAUCUCAUGCAGCUCUGGAAACACAAGUAAAUGAUGCUACUGAAGCAGCCAAAAAAUACAUGGCCGAGAAUGAAAGGCUGCAGGAGGCCUUGAGUGGGAAAGGAGAUAGUAAAAAGAAAGAGUCAACAGAUGCAACUCAGGAGAAGUUGAAGGAGGAAGUUGAACGUUUGAAAGCAGAGCUACAGAAGACAUCAAAUGCUUUCCAUAAGGCAAAAACUGAAGGGGCUGCAGUUAAAAAGCAGUCUGAAAGCCUUAGAAGAGAAUAUGACCAUCUGAUGAAGGAAUUUGAACAGCUUCAGCAACGUUUAAAUAAAGCAGAAGAUAAGAAAGACCUGUAAGCACAUCUGGGACGGAUGGCAUCGCUACAGUUGCUUGAAUGAGAAAAGGCUUGUGCUGUUGAUGUUCCUGAUGCAUACCUGAAACAAAACUUGAUUUUUCUGAAAAGCACAUGCAUUGCAGGUCACUAUUCAGAUUCCUCUAAUAUAUCGGUUGCCAAAAUGUUCUGUGUUGCAAAUAAAAUGUUAAGUGGCUUACCGGAUUUACCAUGGAGUUUGUCACUGCUCUUGUGAGGAGAAACUCAAAAAUCUUUCAACUCCACCUGGAGCAACCUGUUUACCAAGCUUUUUCCUCCAUAAUGGUAACAGAUCACCAUUGCUUGUAGCAUUUGAGUGGGGUUGUAUAUCACACUAGACCAUAAAAACAAUUACUUAAACCUCCUUGCAGCACCUGCUUGGAAUCUUAGAAAUUCAGUUCCCAGUGGGUUGAAGAAGGCUGAAAACUUAUUUAUCAGUGGAAAACUGAGUGACAAUCAGUCUAAGGAAAAUAAAGAAAGAAACAUUGCCUUUGCAAAUCCACCUCACUAGCUUGUGACUUUCACUUUAGCCACAUGGAUUUGAGUGUAUUUUAACAAACAAUAUUUUGCAUGCCUCUGGUUUAUUUUUCUCUAAUAUAUUGGGAUAUUUCAUUUUUGGGUUGGCUGGUAUUAGAAGUCUUUAUUUUUACACUGUUUACAUUGGUUUACUCUUUAUGUACCACCUAACUUCUUUAGCUCGCUAAGUAAAAAUCAUUUUAAAUGUAGAUAGUUUGGUUUGUUUUGUUUUGUUUUCAUGGAUACGAUACCUCAAAUAAAUGUGCACUGUUUUGCAUAAGACCUUUUUGGUAUUCAGAAAGUUGUUUUGAGCUUAUGUGUUAGUUGGUUCCAGUUUAUAUUUGAAAGUUUGAUAUGUUUGUUAUAUUAAAGGGAUUGUUUAAGUUCA